AUGGAACAAGCCUAUUCCACAGGAACGCCUCAGGUAUCAAGCUCUCAUAACCCUACAUCAACAGAAGAACAGCAGCUAUAUUGGGCCAAAGGGACUGGUUUUGGGACAGGCUCUACAGCUUCUGGAUGGGAUGUGGAACAAGCUUUAACUAAACAGAGGCUGGAAGAGGAACAUGUUACCUGUCUUCUGCAGGUUCUUGCAAGUUAUAUAAAUCCUAUGUGUGGUGCAAUAAAUGGAGAAGCUCAAUCAUCUCAUGAGAGCAGAGGACAGAACAGUAAUGCCCUUCCUUCUGUACUUCUGGAGCUUCUCAGUCAGUCCUGCCUCAUCCCUGCCAUGUCAUCUUAUCUAAGAAAUGAUUCAGUUCUCGACAUGGCAAGACAUGUGCCACUCUAUCGAGCUCUGCUGGAAUUGCUCCGAGCCAUUGCUUCUUGUACGUCCAUGGUGCCUCUAUUGUUGCCCCUUUCUACAGAGAAUGGUGAAGAGGAAGAAGAACAAUCAGAGUGUCAAACUUCUGUUGGUACAUUAUUAGCCAAAAUGAAGACCUGUGUUGAUACCUACACCAACCGUUUAAGGUACUAUACUUUAUUCAUUUCUCUUGUCCUUGACUUUAUCUUUUUUUAUAUAACUUUUAGGGUUUUCUAAAUGAUUUAUGCUAAU